AUGUCUGGAAAAGGUUUGAAAUCUAUGAAAGAUGAGAAGCAUGAUUUGCAGAAGCAGAUUGGAUGCAUCACUGGAUUUUUCCAGCUCUUUGAUCGUCACCGGUUCAUUACCAGCCAUCGCGCAACUAGUUACAUUCCGAAUUCAUCUUCUUCAGGUGUAAAGAAUCAAAAGAUUGCAAAAGAGAAGCAACAAUUCUCUACCGAAUCAUCGAUAACAUCGGUGUCUUCAUCGUCUUGUUCAUCUAGCAUGUCAUCCAUUGAUUUCAAUAGAAUAAUCAAGAUUGAAUCAUCGUCAACGAAACAUAUCCAAACUCCGAAAAAAACACAUUCGAGACAUCAAUCACUUGAUUUCUAUGAUGUUGUCAAAGACUCAAUGCAUAGAGAAGAUAAAGGUUUAUAUGUGAAAACAUUAACUAAGGAAGCCAAAAAGGGUGAAGCUUAUGCAUUGAAUAAUCAACACAUGGAUUCUCCGAGGCCUAUGCUAUCGAAGAAAUCUUUCGAUGGAGGAGUUAAGGUUUCGAAAGAACCGUUGCAUAAUCUUUCGAAGUCGAGAAAACCACACUGGGACUCACCGCGACUCUCUUAUGAUGCGGUGAAGUCCGCCACAGUGCAUAAGGAACUUCCUAGGUUUUCCUUGGACAGCAAGCAAGGUUCAGUUAGACGGAUCAGCGAAGGAAACAAGGCUCGCAACGUGUCGAAUGGUUCACAAAAAGAAUUAGACACACCAAAAAGAUCAUCAAGUGUUGUUGCUAAAUUGAUGGGACUAGAAGCUCUCCCGGACUCGACACAAACUAAUCGAGCGUCUAUCUGCUCAAUCGAUCAAAUACAGCUUAGAGCAAGAACCAGCACAAAUGAUGAAUACAAAAAACACCAAAGUCUGGCGUCCCCGAGCAAUAGAAGGGAUGAUGAUUCAAUAAAAAAUGUGAAACAACAUUCGCGAUUCGCGAUGGAAUCAACGAGUCCGUGGAGACAACGUGAUGCAGACCAAAGUUCUUUGUUAGAAGAUUCUUCAAAGGGAAGCCAUUCUGAUACAAAAGCAUCAAAGUCCUCGAUUUCUGUAUAUGGAGAAAUCGAAAAAAGGCUGGCAGAACUCGAGUUCAAAAAGUCGGGAAAGGAUCUACGGGCCCUUAAACAGAUUCUUGAAGCAAUGCAGAGAUUCACAGAUUCAUCAUCUGAAACUAGGAACAAUAACACUAGUCUCAGUGAAAGUUCUAAAGUCCAAAGCCCAAGAAUACAACAAAAGGACUCGAAAUUCAUCACGGUUGAGUCGUCGAAUUCAAUCCUUGAUAGUAAAUCGCCAAUUGUCAUCAUGAAACCAACAAAAGUGACUAGAAAAGCCAAUAAUACUCCUUCAACCGAAUUUUCAAUUCAUCGAAGAUUGGUCGAAAAACAAAAGGCUAAAGGUAUUGUCUCAACCGAAAAAAUCACCAAGGAACCUUCAAAAUUGAUGCAAUCAUCAAAAUCUUCUCAAGACAGAAAUGGAAAAAACACCAUCAACUCCGAUAGCAUAACGGUAUCUAGGAGUCCAAGACUGCCGAAGAAGUUUGAACUCGAGACACGUUCUCCACCGACUAGUGAGUCAUUCGCUCCCGCGAUUAACAGAAAACAGCAUAAUAGGCAAAUUGUGGAGCUGUCAAAGAAUUUGUGUUCAUUACAUAGACACGACUUCUCCAUUUCGCAGGAUAGAGAUGAACAUUUUAGCGAAACAAGUUCUCAUUCGAGAAAAUUUAAGCAUCGUGUUAAUGUCAUUUCUUCGGAUUUUGACAAUAACAGAAGCUUGGACACUCUAGAAAUUGUUCGGAUCGAUCAAUCUGCCAAUAUCAAUCAAAAGGAUGAAUUUGAAGAGUUGAGGAAUGAAAGCUCUAAGGCUGAUAAAGUUGCAAAUGCUGAACAGCCAAGUCCAGUUUCUGUUCUUGAUGCUACAUUCUAUAAGGAAGAUCCACCGUCUCCGGUGAAAAAGAUAUCGAACAUUUCAAGAAAACUCGAUGAAGUUUUAAGCAUCAGUGUUGAUAUUGAGGAGAAUUCAGUUGAUCAAAUUCUUCGAGAAAUUGAUUGGAACGAUGAAAAACUCGUGAAUUUCAAUAACAUCGAGAAUCAAGAUCAUAAGUAUAUAUCAGAAAUACUAAUAGCUUCAGGUCUACUCAAUCAUCGAAACUCUAACGAGUUACUUCAUUCACAAGGCACCUUGAUUAACCCGAAAUUAUUCUUAGCACUUGAACAAAUGAAGACAAAUACGACGCAAUUCAAUAUUGAAUAUGCAGAGAGAAAACUAAAAGGGAAGAAGCUUUUCGAAGAGCUAUGUAUAGAAAUAGACGAGUUACAACCUCGAAACAAGAAUGUCAACUUCGUUCACGAGGAUGAGAAUUCGAUAAGUCUAUUGUGCAGAGAUUUGAAGGAUUGGAACACGGUUUGGACUAACCGUUGCAGCGAAAAAUCGAAUAUCGCGUUGGAUAUCGAACGGUUGAUCUUUAGAGACUUGAUAACUGAAGUUUGUGAAAGAUGA